AUGUUGAGUGGCCAAGGAGUAUUGAUUGAGAAAGAAUGGAAUAGUGACUCUGCUGAGUUGAUUUGGGGGCAGUUCUGGCCUAUUAUUUGCUAUCACGACGGUGAUUGUUGGUGGUGGAAUGUGGAAAUAGUCCCGAUAUCAGGGCCUCCACGGACUGGUUACAACGACCUCCGGGGAAACGGUCAUGAUACCGGGGUCGGUCAGGCUGCUCCCGAUCUCAUGGGCAAGACUACGGCGAGCUCAGUCCAUUCAAAACAGCUAGAUGAAACAGGUCUCUUGGUUGGUACAGACUCGUGCGAAAUGCACUCAAUGCUGUUUGAGCGUCACAAUGUCGGAGAUCACGAGGGGGCGUUUGUCGGAGGUGAAAAGAGGGCGAUGUUGUACCGACCAAGAUAUAAUCUACCUCACUUCUCGCUCCAAGUUCAACUCAACGUUGGAUACCAGUUACAAGCCAACAACAGACAAUCUGAGACAUAUCGAGAGAAUAUGGAGGAACUCAAAGGGGGAAAUCAGACCAAAAAGUUUCUAAAAGCUUUGUAUGCAACAUACGGAGAAUGGAAUAUUUACAAUUCCCGCUACUUCAGGCCAUCCAUUCGAAACCUGACGAAUGGAAGCGUGUCUUCACGUGAACACCACUGUGAUCAGUGUAGUAGUAAUCUCACACGAUCUUGUUAUGAGAAAUUACACCAUGCUUAUUGCAGCGAAUGGGAAACCCGAGAGAGAGGAGGGAAACGCGUACGGGAACGCUGUGGGGAGAGAUUUGCGAUUCGCUCGGGUGGCUGUGGUGAACAUUCCCGUGUAAAGGGUUAUAACAGUUGCUUAUAUCGUCUGGCAGAAGGUCUCGAUGUGAAGUUAUCGGAGUUCGACGACCCCAUCAACCGCGACCAUGACCAAGGAGCCGAAAACAACGACCUUGAAGACAACCUUCAAGACGAGUUAACCGAGCUGAACGAACUAGCGGAGUCUCUGAUUGAGAAGGAAGGAUUUCUGCCUGUUAACUUUUAUGACAGUUACUGGAAACACAAGGACAGACAGCAGGAAUACGCGAAAAAGGACAAGAAGGGUGCGGCGGAGAAUAGUCUCGAGACGACCGAAGAGAAGUAUUCCGCCUCUACACGAGGCUACGAUGGCAUAUUGAAGAAUGGAAGCUACAAGGCCAACAAGUUGUAUAGGCAACCGAUGAAAAGGAUAGAUCUUCGUAAAGUGGCCCUGAUGGAAGUGGGUCGCACGGCAUCUCAGCCUCCUGUAGUCAAAGAUAAGCUUACUGCGAAAGAGAAAGUCGCAGAAUGGUGGGCUAAUUGCGAGCAACAAAAGCAAUAA